CUGGCGCCAGCCUGGAGCCCAACUACCUCCUUGCUGUUGCUGCUGCUGCUGCUGCUUCUGAGCCCCGGCCUUCGAGGGACCCAGAACUGCAACUUUGAGCACAGCCCCAUCACCUCCAACUUUGCUGUCACCAUCCGCAAGCUGUCUGACUACCUGCUUCAAGAUUACCCUGUCACCGUGGCCUCCAAUCUGCAGGAGGAGGAGCUCUGCGGGGCCCUCUGGCGGCUGGUCCUGGCCCAGCGCUGGAUGGAACAGCUCAAGUCUGUGGCUGGGUCCCAGAUGCAAGUCCUGCUGGAGGCUGUCAACACUGAGAUACACUUUGUCACCACAUGUGCCUUUCAGCCCCUCCCCAGCUGUCUUCGCUUCGUCCAGACCAACAUCUCCCACCUCCUGCAGGACACCUCCAAGCAGCUGAUGACUCUGAAGCCCUGGAUCACCCACCGAAAUUUCUCUCGGUGCCUGGAGCUGCAGUGUCAGCCCGACUCCUCCACCCUGCUUCCCCCAAGGAGUCCUGGGGCCCUGGGGGUGACAGCCCUUCCGCCCCUGCCGCCGAGGUCCAAUUGGAACGAUACCCGGAUUGGGCAAUUAGAAGAAGACCCGCCUUCCCAGGGGCCAUCUCUGGGCACGCGCAAACACUUCGGCCAAUGA